UUCAGGAGUAAACAUACAAAAAAAUGCAGUCUCUUCAAAACAAACAUUUAAACUCAUUCUGAUUAUAAAGUUUCUUCCUCAUUUUUAGUUUAAUUAAUUAAGUGAUUGUGUUAUAGCUGUUAAGGAUAUAAAGUGAAAUAUUAUUAGCUUUAUUUCAUAUCCAAUCUAAUUAAAAUCAAAUUGAUUGAAAAAAUUUUGACGACGAAAAAAGAAAACAGAAAAAUUUGUGAAAAUUAGAAAAACAUAAAAAAGGCAUCAAAAUGAGGCUAAAUAGUUCAUUUUUUAAUAAAAUUGGUAAAAUGCUGGAUUUCUAUUCUCAAUUUAAUCCAUCACCGCUAUCUAUUAAGCAGUUCCUGGACUUUGGCAUGAAUAAAUGUGAGAGCAAGUCAUAUGUGUUCUUAAAAAAGGAACUGCCAGUUCGUUUAGCAAAUAUUAUGAAGGAGAUUGCUCUGUUACCUGACAAUUUAUUGAGAACACCUUCCGUUGGACUUUUAAGUAAUUGGUAUGCAAGAAGUUUUGAGGAAGUCAUCGAGUUUGAGAAAACAGACCCGACAUCAGAUAAUUUAAAGAGAUUUUGUAUGAUCUUGUCGCAUAUUCGCGACCGUCAUGCUGAUGUAGUUCAAACAAUGGCUCAAGGCAUUAUGGAACUGAAAGAUUCACAAAAUAUUGAGCCUGGCAUGGAAACAUCAAUUCAAUACUUCUUGGAUCGCUUUUACAUGUCAAGAAUAUCGAUUAGAAUGCUCAUCAACCAGCACACACUCUUAUUUGGCGAGGGAUCAGAGCAUGCAAAACACAUUGGUUGCAUUGAAAUCGACUGCGAUCCUAAAAUUGUCGUGAAGGAUGCUUAUGAGAAUGCUCGAUGGCUAUGUGAUCAAUACUAUUACGGUGCACCUGAGAUUGUUGUCAAAGAGCAUAAUGAAUUGGAAAGAGGCGAACCAAUCAAUAUAGUUUACGUCCCAUCACAUUUAUAUCACAUCUUAUUCGAAAUAUUUAAGAAUGCGAUGAGAGCAGUAAUGGAAACUCAUCAGGAACGCGGUGACAUACCGCCAAUUCAAGUGAUAAUUGUGAAAGGGAAUGAAGACAUUUGUGUUAAGGUUUCAGAUCAAGGUGGUGGAAUUCCAAGAAGCUCAGCAGAUCAGCUGUUCAAAUAUAUGUAUAGCACUGCUCCACAUCCAUCAAAGUCUGACGUACACACAGUUCCUUUGGCCGGAUUUGGUUAUGGAUUGCCAAUAUCGAGAUUGUAUGCACGCUAUUUCCAUGGAGACAUUUCAUUAAUGUCUUGUGAUGGAUAUGGCACUGAUGCAAUCAUUUAUAUGAAGCGCUUAUCAGACGAAGCAAACGAACUGUUGCCGAUAUUUAACAAGACAAGUUCAAGGUUUUAUAAUAAAUCGACUGUAUCGGCAGGUGACUGGAGCAAUCAGAGCUCAUUGGACAUGUUAAAUCAGUGGAAAUUGAUAAGAGAAGGAAAUUAAAAAGUACCUAAAAGUUUACUAUAAAAAAAAUUAAAAUUGGAAGUCCUAAGAAAUCUCGAAUUGGAAAUUUUUUCGUUUUGCUUUAAAAUAAUAUUUUAGACACAAUUAAACCACAUAUUUGACACAGGAUUAAUGACGAGCAAGCGUUCAUGGAAUUCGCAGAAAAUUACCAGCCAUAAAGCUAUUUACAAAGAGCAACAAAUAAAAAAGCUAUUUUUAAGAAACAAAAUGUCACAAUUCAAUUGAUGAUAAUGUGCAACUGUGUAUUAUUAAAUAAUGAAAAAUGUACUAUCUACAAGUCAGCAGAGAAUUGGAAGUAAAAAUAUUAAAACUUGAAGAAUCCUCAUAUGUUAUCUUUUAUAUGUAUCCUUUUGUAUCCAGAUGCAUGGCUAGCAAGCACGGCAAAUAAAUACAUAUAUUUAGCUGUAAAUUGUUGAAUUUUAAUGUUUUUGAAACUUUC